AUGAAAACUAUCACUAAACCUCACCUCAGCAGUGACACCCCUCUCAACAGUACCCGAAAAGUCAACAGUUUAUAUUCCGUAGUCCUACCAAAGUCAACCUUGCCUUUAUGUCGAUCCAUUUCCUCCUUCACCCGCACGCUGCUUGAGCUGAACAUCAAAUCCUCUGAAGCAUGGAGGGUUUGUCCACCUGAACAAGAUUUCCAGGCUGCAUCAAGCCUUCCCCACUCCAUUUUAAUCCGUCCUAUCAGCAAAAUUCCAGAAAGUGCCGUGAACCUCAAAAGCGAGAAGAUCCCCAUAUUGUUCCGAGUACUCUACCUCGAAGAUCUUACUGCUUCCGGUUUUCCUGGUGCCACCUUUGCCUGGCAACAUCCCUGGGAAUCAGGGUGGAACCAGUUGAUAGCUCACUUUAUUCUCAAACACUGGCGACACGCCCACCAGCAUGGGGUUUUCAAGCUAUUCUACAUUGAUCCUGUAGAAGCUGCAAAUCAAGAACUCCAUAUGGGAACUUUGCAUCGAUGGUUUCUCGGUCGCGCGGAAGGUCUUAGGUUGGGCAGGUUCUCAGGAAUUCGCGUCAAUAACAAAAAAAAAUCCGAGUUCAAAUCCAAGUUGAGAAGCCAGGUACGGAAUUUUAAGCCCUCACUCAACAUGUUUAUCAUCCUAGCUUACCCCGUACCCCAAUUCCAUCUCUCAGCUUCAGAAACACCGCCAACAAACACUCCACCCUAG